ACAACACAUUCAUUUCAAACGAAGAUUUCGUAGAGUCGAGUUGUUCGGACAAAGUUGUACAAUAAAAAGAGUCUUUGCGACAGCAACAUUGACACCCUUAUUCGAGAGGAAAAAAAAUCAAACAUGGGCUUCGACAUAGCUCUUAUUAUCGGCCGCACCGACGAGGAACUCAUAUGUCCGAUAUGCACAGACAUCCUGGAGAGUCCGGUUCAGUCGCCCUUGUGCGAACACGCCUAUUGCCGGGAGUGCAUUGGGAAAUGGAUUAAGGAGAAGAACAACUGCCCGGUGGACCGCUCGGAUCUCUUCCACAGUCAGUUGGUGCCAGCCUCGCGCCUGAUGCGCAACAUGCUCGGCCGCUUGAAGAUAAAGUGCUGCUAUUUCGAGAACGGAUGCGCUGAGGUGUUGGAGCUGGAGGACUUUCGAUCGCAUUUGGCUAGCUGUGACCAUAAUCCCAAAAUGGAUAUUAGGUGCACAAAGGGUUGCGGAAUGAAGGUACCCAAGGACGAGAUGCCCAGACACAAUUGCGUGGUGAACUUGCGCGAAUUGGUGACGAAACAGCGAGAUGAGGUAAUCAGGAUAAAAGAGGCUUUGGCUAGUCAGCACCAGCGCAUUUCGUAUCACCGUCGCGAACUGGAGCUGGUGCAGCACUAUAUCACCGGUUUGAGGUACACAAAUUCGGUGGUGGGUAAUAUCGGGGACCAGCUCGAACGGUUCUCACUAAUGCAGUGGGGAAAUAAUUUGAGACUGGCCCAUAUUACCAACUGGGGCAGUCUCAUAUCCACGCCGGAUAUAUUUUUACACAUGAGGAUUAGGGAUGGACUCGGCGCAAGUAGCUGCCCGUUGAACCUGAUAAAUAAGAUCGCUGAUCGGUGUCAUGAGGAACGUUGGCCGGAAGGAUUAUUAAAUUUAAGCACAAGGCGAGAGAAUCAUCACAGACUCAUGCUGUAUGUCACACGGAUCUUGCCCAUUUUUAUGACUGGGAAAUCCUGCGUGGUUAUGCUGGGCUGCGACAACACACACAUGCCCGAGAACCUUCGACCCGGGGUUGGUAUGGCCAUGAUCUUUGAUGAUGGAGUCGUGGAGGCGUUGCUGUAAGACGCGUCUAUCUUGGUCCUUUGCUGUACAUUUUUAACAAGUUUACAUUGUCCGUGCUUCACUCAAGUCAAAAUUUUAACCAACGUUCUUAGCAUUAGCCGCAUCUAUCUAUCUUAUAUACCCAAUUAAUACUAUUUUGAAUUCAUACACAAAUGAUACUAGACAAACCAUACAACACGAUCUGGAAUAGUUACAUUCCUAAAACUGAAGGAGCCGAAAAAUGUAUCCUUAUGGCAGAAGCAUGUACUUAUUCAUACGAAUAAUAUUCGUAUAACAAAAUUUUGAGAAUGUUAAAAAAAAAAAAAAUGUAACAUAAUCCGCUCCUCUGGAAUUCAUUAUCUAUAAAUUCAUUUAUAAAGCUUGAUCAAGAA